CCAGAGGCUCGCGCGGGAGUGGGGGGGGGUGAAGGCGGAAGUGGCGGCGCCGGGUCCAGGAGUGGAAAGGAGCUGAGGCUGCAGCCCGAGUGGAGCGGCUGCCAGCCGGGGAACAGGCGCGGCCGCGGCGCCAUAUUGCGGCCCUCAGCGGUCGCCACCGAGCCAUGGCUGAGACCUACGACUUCCUCUUCAAAUUCCUGGUGAUUGGCAGUGCCGGAACUGGCAAAUCAUGUCUCCUCCAUCAGUUUAUUGAGAAUAAGUUCAAACAGGACUCCAACCACACUAUUGGCGUGGAGUUUGGAUCCAGGGUUGUCAACGUUGGGGGGAAGACUGUGAAGCUACAGAUUUGGGAUACUGCUGGCCAGGAGCGGUUUCGGUCGGUGACACGGAGUUAUUACCGAGGGGCAGCUGGAGCCCUGCUGGUGUAUGACAUCACCAGCCGGGAGACAUACAACUCGCUAGCUGCUUGGCUGACCGAUGCCCGGACGCUGGCCAGCCCCAACAUCGUGGUCAUCCUCUGUGGCAACAAGAAGGACCUGGAUCCUGAGCGUGAGGUCACUUUCCUAGAGGCUUCCCGCUUUGCUCAGGAGAAUGAGCUGAUGUUCCUGGAGACCAGCGCUCUCACGGGUGAAAACGUGGAAGAAGCUUUCCUGAAGUGCGCACGCACCAUCCUCAACAAGAUCGACUCAGGUGAACUAGAUCCGGAGAGGAUGGGCUCAGGCAUUCAGUAUGGUGACAUAUCUCUUCGCCAGCUGCGGCAGCCUCGCAGUGCCCAGGCCGUGGCCCCUCAGCCCUGUGGCUGCUGAGACGUGCAGAGCCAGAGACAUGUAGCCCAGACUGGCCUCAGACUUACUGUGUAGUCACAGGUGACCUUGGAUUUCGGAUUCUUUGUCUUUCACCUCCCAAGUAUUGGAAUUCCAGAACUACCCCCAGUGCAUUUAUGGGGUGCUGAGGAUGGAACCAAGGGCCCAUGUAGGCCAAGCAAGUGUGAUCAACUCAGCUACAAUUUCCUUCCCUUUAUUUUCCUUCCUAUCUUUCUUUCCCCCUAGACUAUGUAGCACAGGCUUGUAACGAGGCCUCUAAUUUACUUCUAAGUGCUGGGAUUAUAAGCGUGAACCACCACAUUCUCUGAUUUGCCUUCACUUGGACAAAAAGUUAAUCAGGGUCUACCAACACUUCCCUCUCUCAAAAUAGUGCCCAGUAGAGUAAGUCGGGAAGCUUUGCAGCAUAUAGCCCAGGAUUUCCUUAGGUAAUUUCUAGAAAAGUCUAGGUAAUGCUGUAGGCAGUGAAAGCAGUGGCCACUAUUCUGCUCUGUCUCUCCUGUUUGAGAAGCAUUGGAAUGAGGCCCAGCCUGGACCCUUAGGGGGAAAAACGGACACAGAAUUUACAAACACGGAGGCAUGUAUUUAGUUACCUCUUUUUUCUUCUUUCAUGAUUUGUGCUUUCGAGACAGGAUCUCACUUUGUAGCUCAGGUUGGCCUUAAGCUCCCCAUCCUCCUGCCUGCACCUCUCUAGUCCUGGAAUAUCACGUGUGAGUCGCCACCUGGCAGGGGUCGUGGUAGUUAGGUACUAAAAUGCUCCUUUACAGAUGCAAACCAAUAGGGAUAUGUUCAAAGCGUGAAUCCCCCACAUAACCUGCAGAGGGGCAACAAUGUCAGGCAGUGCACAGACUGGAAAAAGGGGGUCCAGGCAGGCACAGGUCAGGAAGAUACCUAGCAAUGAUCUGACUUGAGGACCGGACCCCUCCAGGUCACAAUACCCUUUUCUUUCAGCUCACCUGUUCUUCUGGACCAGCCCUGCUCGAAGGCUGGGGCUCAGAACCAGGCCCCAAGAGGCCAGGCCCCAAUCUGCCCCAGUCCCAGAAAAGUUACUCCAUCACCCAUCCCCCUCCCCUGGCCUGCUGGGGCCUGGCUUUGGGGCAAGAUUGAGCCACAGGGGAAAGGGGACCCCAUACCUGCUGCUGCUUCCUCUGUCUUGGCUAACUCUAGUCCCCCUCCCCGAGCCCCUAACCAUACCUGAAGAACUCCCAAAGCUUGAGACCAGGGCCAAUUGGCCCCAACGUCCUGCCUGGCCCCGCUGUUGCAAGUCUGUGUUAUUUAUUACCUGGAGGCCUGUUCCAUCCUGUCCCAGUCCUCCAUAAAGCAUUGUUUACACCUGUG